AUGCCCGUCUGCAAAGCUAGCUCGAAGGGUCGGAAGUCGAAGCGAGUCACAGCGUCCGGUGUGAAUGAAUCUUCCGAAGAGUCCGCAGAGGAGUGCGAGAUUGGCAAGAUCUACGACAAUUCGCAAAACGGCGGUUGCGUUCUUGCUGAACUGGACUUGAAAUUCAACAACUCGUGGGAAACUGUGCUCUGUGAACUGGACACCGGGGCAAAUACCAGCUUGAUUGGCCUGGGCUGUCUCAAGAAACUGACUGGAACGGACAAUCCCGAACUGCUGGUGUCGAAAUUCCGCCUGCAGAGUUUUGGUGGAAACCCCAUCACAGUAUUGGGCCAGGUGAAGGUGCCGUGUCGGCGGCCGAACAGGAAGUUUUCACUGGUUCUCCAGGUCGUUGAUGUCGACCACCGCCCCCUACUGUCGGCAAGAGCUUCACGCAAACUUGUGCUGGUGAAGUUUUACAACGCAGUUACCUUCGAGGAGCCAGUUCAACAUUUACCGCGUGAAAGCUCAAGAAAUCGUCAGCAGUUGGAAAUCGACGACAGCGUCACACCGACGAUCCAACCGCCUCGGCGAGUUCCGAUCGCGAUCCGAGCUAAGCUGAAGGAAGAACUCGAAAAGCUCGAAAGUGACGGCAUCAUCGUGAAGGAGACGAAACACACUGAAUGGGUAAGCAACGUCGUAAUCGUCCAGCGAGGCUCUGGUUUUCGUAUUUGUCUGGACCCGGUUCCGCUGAACAAAGCUCUCAAGCGGCCUAACCACCAAUUCGUAACCCUUGAUGAAGUGCUUCCGGAACUGGGCAAAGCAAGAGUUUUUUCCACGGUCGAUGCCAAAAAGGGCUUCUGGCACGUUGUGCUGGACGAGCCCUCCAGCAAGCUCACCACCUUCUGGACACCGUUUGGGCGUUACCGCUGGAUUCGCCUUCCGUUCGGUGUUGCACCAGCGCCGGAGAUUUUCCAGAUCAAGCUCCAGGAAGUAAUCCAAGGUCUCAAGGCCCUAGCUGAUCACAACCGCCGCCUUGAGAAACUUCUUUGUCGGUUGGAACUCCACAACGUGAAGCUUAACAAACCCAAGCUGAAGUUGUGUGAACGGUCCGUCAAAUUCUACGGUCACGUCCUCACCGAUGAAGGUUUGAAGCCGGACACAAGCCACUGGUGA